AUGCCAGACAAAGGUAACGACAAAAAUCAGCAGAUUCGCAUCGUCACUCUCAGCAACGGGGAACACCGAGAUUCCGUGGUUAUCAGGCUUCAUAAAGGAUGGAUUGUUCGUUUUAUGAGAGGAGGAAAUCUGCUCGGAAAAGAUGUGCAAGUUUUUACGUCAAUAUCUGGUGAAAUUCCGUGGAACGACGAACCAGAUGAUUUGGCUGCUUAUGCGGAAAUCCAGUGUACCCGCGCUGGAGCAUUUUCUUACCAUUUCUACGUUAACGGCAAAAAAGACACCCCAGCAGGUAGCGGUUAUCUGCAAGUUUUGCCGGAACUUGAAGCAUCUGGUAAACCGCUGCCGCUAGAUGCCAUCAUCUGCCAAACGCAUUUAAGUAAGCUUCUUGGUACUUUGCCGGAAUGGGAGGAUCGUUUACUUGUUGCUAAAGAAUCUGGGUAUAAUAUGAUACACUUUACACCAAUUCAUACUUUGGGCAUAUCUAAUAGCAGUUAUUGUAUAGCUAACCAGCUUGAGCUGAAUCCAGCAUUCAGUACACCGGAGCGGAAAUACACUUUAGAUGAUGUACAAGCUUUAACAACUAAGCUGUCAAAUGAGUGGGGCAUGUUAUCCAUUCAGGAUGUUGUUUGGAAUCAUACAGCGAAGAACUCUCCUUGGUUGAUGGAACAUCCAGAGUGUGCCUACAACUGCAAAAAUUCUCCCCAUUUACGUCCGGCUUACGUAGUUGAUCGACUGUUGCACCACUUCAGCAAAGAAAUUGCUGCUGGUGUUUGGGAGCAUCGUUCUUUACCUCCAGUUAUUGAAACUGACCAGCAUAUUGAGGCUCUGAAUUCUAUUCUGAGGAAUGAAGUGUACCCGAAAGCGCGCCUUUCAGAAUUCUUCAUGGUUAAUGUUGAAGAGCUCUGCACUGAAUUUGAAAAGAUUGUUAAAGGCGGCGUUUCUCCGAAAAUUGUGGAUCAGUGUUUGAAAUCUGAGCCGGGUAAAGACUGGAAGAGAUUUGGUUUUGUCGUAGAUAUGAAUGAAGCAUCAAAAAUUUUCAAUCGACACCGUGGUGAUGCAGCGAAUGAAGAAGAUCGUCAAUAUAAAUGUUUAAACGCCUUUCGCGACCAUCUUCUAUUUUUGAAUAAACAAGCCGAAGAAACGGCUAAUAUUAUAAUUGAUGCAGGGACGAAUGCUGUACUUGGUCAUGUUUCUUACGAGAGAGUCAAUCCAGCGGGGCCGAAAAGAAAGGUGUUAACGGAAGACUUCCCCCUUGUGACCCGCUACUUCUUACAUCCUUUCCCAUCUGAUUCAUGGGAGGAGGAUGAAAAGUGCGCUUAUGAUGACACAAAGUCAGCCUCUCUAAUGGCAUGUAAUGGGUGGGUCAUGAACGACGACCCUUUAAAGAAUUUUGCUUUGUAUCCUUCUGAGAAGCCAGAAGACUGUCCAUUUUUAUGGGACCAAAUGACGAAGUACAGCCAGAGCUGUGCUAGGAUUUUCCAUGGUGUUCGUAUCGAUAAUUGCCAUAGCACUCCUAUUCACGUCGCUGAAUAUCUGUUAAAAGCUGCAAGAGAGAUACGGCCAGAUCUUUAUGUUGUAGCGGAGUUAUUCACGGGUAGUGAAAAUCUUGACAAUAUUUUUGUCAAUCGUCUUGGUAUAACAUCUCUGAUUAGAGAAGCACAGAAUGGCUUCGACAGUCACGAGCAAGGGCGUUUCGUUUACCGUUAUGGCGGCGAUGUAGUUGGUGCAUUCAUCCAAACAAAUGUUCAACAUGCAACACCGUGUGUCGCCCACGCCUUGUUUUAUGACCAAACUCAUGAUAAUCCCUCUCCAAUACAGAAAAGAUCAGUAUAUGACGUCUUACCAACUGCUGCAAUGGUUGCAAUGGCAAGCUGUGCGAAUGGUUCUACUCGCGGCUAUGAUGAACUUAUACCUUCUGCCCUAAGUGUUGUAACUGAAAAUCGUCCGUAUCGCAGGUGGAGUGAACUAAGUAAAAGCUCAGGAAUAAUUGGGGCAAGGGAAGUGGUAAAUAAGCUACACGCCUGGUUAGCACUUAACGGGUACACGCAGGUAUUCGUUGACCAAAUGAACUUCGAUAUCGUUGCUGUAACUAGACAUAAUCCUGUAACUCACGAGACCGUUAUUUUAGUUGCACAUACUGCUUUUAGUAAAGAAUGUAUUUGUUUGGAUAGACCACCGGUUAGAGACGUUUACUUCAGAGGUCGUCUGGAAGAAAUUCUUUUUGAAGCUCACCUUCACAAAGCACCUGAAGAGAGCCCCUCCGAUGAUGAGUCAAAAAUAACUGGUUUGAGCGGUUAUAAGUUUACACUAAAGGAACACUUGAUGCCUGAAGACUCCGAACUUGUUAAAGUUCACGGUUUAAAAGACGGCCAUGUAGAGCUUUCUCACUUCCCUUCAAGUUCUGUUGUUGCCUUCAAGAUUUCACCACUGGACAAUGCUCAGCAAAAUAUAACGAAAAUUAGGAAGCUCAUAAAUGGCGAAGACGUCGAGGCUGAUUCAGUUUUGCAUAAAUGUUUGGAAGGUAUGUCACUGCAGUCUUACAACAGAGUUUUGUUCCGCUGUGAAACAGAAGAAAGAGAUGAUUAUGGGGACGGAACAUACAAUAUACCAAAUUUUGGCAACCUUGUUUACUGUGGCCUUCAGGGUAUAAGACCACUAUUAAAGGCAAUUCGUUUAAACAACGACUUGGGACAUCCUGUAUGCGGAAACCUCCGUGAUGGGACGUGGAUGUGCGACUACAUCGUCGGUUAUUUGAAGAAAUGUGAUGGCACUAGAGAACUAGGGUGUAUAGUGGAAAAGAUGUUCAUGCCAUUGAAAGAUCUUCAACACUAUUUAAGACCUUGCUACUUUGAAGCAAUCUUAUCACACAUUUUCUCUAGCGUUCGCCAUCACCUAGAAAAAAAAUUGAACCCGUCUCUUAUGUCCGCAUCAGAACUAGUCCGAGGUUUGGCACUCUCUUCAGUUUCGUUCCUUGGUGCCGUUAACUCUGCUAAAUUACCACCCCUCAGCAAGUCAAUCGCCUUGGAAGACCGGAUGCCGUCUUCACUUUCUGCUGGACUUCCCCACUUUACAACUGGAAUUUGGCGAAACUGGGGAAGAGAUACUUUCAUUGCCCUUCCAGGAUGUCUCCUAGUGACUGGUCGUUACUAUGAUGCCAGAUGUUUGAUACUUUCUUACGCUGGAACUUUGCGGCACGGCCUAAUACCCAAUCUCUUGGCUGAAGGUAUAGGACCAAGAUAUAACUGUCGAGAUGCUGUAUGGUUCUGGUUACACGCCAUUGUGAAAUAUGUAGAAAUGGCUCCACUGGGUGAAAAAAUUCUUACUGAAGAGGUCCUGAGAUUAUAUCCGACUGAUGACACUCAAUAUGGUGACAAUCAAAAGAUCGAGCUGCUGCAAGAAACAAUGUAUGAAGCAUUACAGCGUCAUUUCCAUGGGAUUCAGUUUACUGAAAGAAAUGCAGGACACAGUAUCGACGAACACAUGAAGGAGCCGGGUUUCAACAUAAAUGCCUACAUUGAUCGUAACACUGGCUUCGUUUGUGGAGGAAAUAGCUUUAACUGCGGCACAUGGAUGGACAAGAUGGGCAGUUCUGAAAAAGCAGGUAAUCGCGGUUAUCCUGCAACUCCACGAGAUGGUGCCGCUGUAGAGCUUCAGGGAUUGGCUUACGCAGUUUUACUAAAGCUUCAUGAAAUGAGUAAUAAGGGUAUUUAUCCCUAUCAAGGAGUUUCGGAUGAAGGUGUAUCUUGGAAAUGGAGUGAGUGGGCAGAACGUAUAAAGGAAAAUUUUGAGAAGCAUUUUUACGUUGACGACAAUGAUCACUCUCCAAGCGUCAAUCGCCGUCAUAUUAUAAAAGACAGCGUAGGAAGUUCAAAUGUUUACACCGAUUACCAACUGAGGCCAAACUUUGCGAUUACCUUAGCAGUGGCUCCAAAGCUCGUAACACCCAGGAAGGCGUGGAAAGCAAUAUGUCUUGCGGAAGAGGUUUUAAUGGGCCCGCUCGGUAUAAAAACUUUAGACCCAACUGACUGGGCCUACAACGGAUUCUAUGACAACAGUAAUGAUGGCUAUGAUAAGGCCGUAGCUCAAGGAUGGAACUACCACCAAGGACCAGAGUGGCUGUGGGUUGCCGCGUACUUCUUACGGGCCAAAAUUGUGGUAGCAAAGGAGCUUGGUGAUCACAACAUUUACGACUCAGCCCUGAGAAGUGUACGAGCUCGGAUGGGGGCUUACUGGGAACACUUGCAAAGAUCACCAUGGCAGUCACUUCCAGAGCUGACAAAUCAGAAUGGAAGUUUUUGCAGCGGUUCGUGCACAGCGCAAGCGUGGACCAUCGGCUGUUUAUUAGAAACUGUUAAUGAGCUGUAUAACUACCAUAUGAGUUCCAGUAGAAUAUAA